UCAUUAGUCAUCACUCAGACGCGCGCUUGAAUUCUUAGGACUAGGGUAGGCCUAACUUUGUGUUGUUGUAUUUCGUUAAAAUUCGAUUCGGUGUAUUAUGUAUCAAACCAAGAAGGUAACAGGCCUGGCUAGAGCUGUGUGAAAUCGAGUAAGAAAAGACCGCCUCUGGCUCUGAGCAGCUCUUCUGGUGCAUUUUCUUGACAUAGCCUAGGCCUAGGCCCCUAGGCUUAGCCAUAUCGAAGAAGGAAGUCGAUGGAUUGGACAGAAGCCAAAAAAGGUAUGGAAAUGAAUGCAUUCUCAAAAGUUGUGGGCUCACACAUGAGAUCUCGAGUUUCACCUGCACGGAUAUACAAAUUUGAUAACACUUUAUGCAAAAGACCUGAAUCUCUGAAGAGAACUCUGGAUAGAUGUGAGGUAAUAAAAGCCAAGAAACAAAGAACGGAAAGUAAGAAUAUAAGCCCAGCAAAAUCAGCAGUGGUAGCUAAAGAUUUAGAAAUUGAAGGUAAAUGUGAGAAAAAGGUAAAUACACCACUGCCUGAUAUGAAAUUGUCUGACAUUCAGAAAAUUGAAAAAAUAUUUUCACAAAUUUCAACAUCAUCUAAAGUUAGAGAAAAUAAAGAUAAAAAGAGAAAGAUGCCACAUCCUGGGCCAUCUGCACCUGAUGUUUCCAAGAGGUCUGCAGUAGAAGAGCAACCUUUUAGUAAACUUUAUUUAGGAAAAACUGUGAAGAAGAUAUCAGGUGAAAAUUUAGACUGCGAUUACAUUCAACUUCUGGAUAGGAAAUCAGCAGACAAUUUGUACCAAAAGUGCGAGAAAGAGCUUGAAUACUUCACUGGUGACCUUGCAAAGGUCAGGGUGUUUGGAAAGUGGUUUAAUAUUCCCAGGAAACAGGUAGCCUAUGGAGAUGCUGGCCUAACAUACACUUUUUCAGGUAACAAGGUACCAGCAAGGCCAUGGCCACCAUUUUUGGAAGAUCUGAGAGACCGUUUAAAGGUUCUCACUGGUGCUUAUUUCAGCUUCGUCUUGGUAAACAGGUAUGCAGAUGGUGAGGAUUACAUUGGCGAACAUAGAGAUGACGAGAAAGAUUUGGACAAAUUAAGUCCAAUUGCAUCUAUCUCAUUGGGUCAGACCAGAUUGUUUAAAUUUCGCCAUGGUGAUUCCCGAGGGAAGAAUGCCAAGAGGAACAUUAAUCCAGUGAGUGUUGAUCUGAAACAUGGAUCUUUACUGAUGAUGAACUACCCCACAAACAAGUAUUGGUACCACUCGCUGCCUAAAAUGAGAGCUGUCAAAUUACCCAGGAUAAAUCUGACAUUUAGAUGCAUUAAAAAAUGAGAAUACUUUAGCAUAUCUUUUGUUCAUCAUCAUUCUUUCAGGUUAAUGUUCAUUUAUUCAACAGUAAGGAAUUAAAAAUUUCAACCUUCAAUUAGUAAAAUUUCUUGUAGCUACAGUAACAGUGUCUUUAAAAACUUGGGAAUGAAUACAAGCAAUUAUUUUCGCUUCUUUGAAAUCCUUUAGUAAAUCAAUGAAAUAUCAUUGAUUAAGCUGUCGAUAAGGAUAUAACUUCACCUUUCCUGGCAAGGAGAAAAACAGGGAAAAUCAUGAUUGCAUUAUGCAAAACAUCACCCAAUAAUAUAGCUCUAAUGGAAAUACACUAGCAAUAAACAACAAAAAUAUAGAGGAUUCCACUUGGUACAACCAAGAAAUAACAUACGUACAUGACUUUCAUGAUGGCUGGGGCUAGGUAUAUUAUUUUCAGUUGUCUAAAAAAGCUGGCUUUGAUGUGCUUGUGCUUUCAAACAGCACAUUUUCCACCUUUAAAGAAGGGACUUUAGCACCAACUACGAAAGCUGCUCCAGCAGCACCACUACUCUGUGAAUCUGGAUGUAGUGACGCUUCAUUGAAGUUUUCUUCAUGUUUCUCAUUCUAAAACAGGACAUCUUGACAUGUCUUCGAGUUCAAUCUAAGCAGAUGAAGCAUGCAUUAUUUUGUUUGACCAUCUUGAUUCUUUCUCGCUCAGUUUUCAAUAUGAACUUCUUGAAUUGGUUGAAGUUUGCAAUGCUCUAAUUUCGUAACAUGCUAUUGCAUUUAAAUAGCUUUAAGCUUAUGUACAUAUGUGUCUUGAAUUUUCAACUUGCAUGCCAGACUAAAUAAAUAAAUUGGAAAAUUAGUACUGUAUGCAUAUUCAGUGUUUAAUUAGGUAUACUCAAUGCCGUAGCCAGGAUUUUCAGAUAGUGUGGGACAAUAUCAGUGUGGACCCACUUUACGCGUAAAUUCAAAUAAUGUGGACCCGUUUUAUUAAAA